UCUGAAAUACCCGAUCUGAACCCGAACGGGUACCCGAAAGCCCACCCCUACUUAUACCCUGCCUUAAAAUAUAAUCUCAUAAAUUUGGUUUAUUUUUGUAAUUUCGUCUAUACUAUUAAAAGAGAAGGAUUCUUAAAAAAUCUACUUAUACAAAAUUGUUGGACCUAUUCAUUAGCUAAUUAAUUUUUGGUCUUGCCUUAUUUAUCUCUAACUAUACAAGAUUAUUACUAAUAGCACCCAUAUUAAUGGCAUCAUUUGAUUUUUCUCUUUACCUACAAAAUCGCCUACCAUAUAUCGAUACACUAAAAAUCAAAACAAAAAUUGGCGGGUUUAGUUUAAUUAUGAUUACAAAAUAUAAAAUCGGGUUGCUUACUCAUUUCAGAUAUUUAUUGAAUUCAAUAGUAACAGUCUACCAAUCUUUAUUAUAUACGUAGAAUAAGUGUAUGACUACAUACUAAAACAAGUUAAGCUAAUCAACAACUUGAUAAACUAUUUUUUUUCAAUUUUAAUGUAUUAUUAAAAAGUAAAUCUGUUUUUUAGAAAUAUUAGAUUUUCUAGGUUUUUACUAGCUCGACCGCAUCAUAUCAAGUCACAAGUUAAAGGUGGAUUUUUAGGUUUUCUCAAAAUUUUAAUUAACAGUUUUUUAUUAAAUUUGAACCAAAUUAUAUAUAGAUCAUCGGGUUUACCACUUUGACUGCGGGUUUGGGUCGAAUAUGAAAAUAAUUCUUAUAUCUUAAUUCGCCUAUAGAUUAUUUAUGUACUCCACUAAAAGGAAAUAAAUAAUUUGUACAAAUAGAAUGCUUUCUUCGCAUCGUUAAAAUGUAGAUAAACAAUUAUGCCUCAGCAUUCAGUUUAUGUUCGGGUAUUUUUUUUUUGCUUUUUCAGUUCUUUAUAUUUAGGAACCAUUAAAUUUAGCAAUUCAGAUAUUUACAAAGUUCAGUUUGGUUAUUUUGGUUCAGUUCAGGUAGUAAAAUUAGAAACCACGUAAUAUCCAAAAAAAAGGGUCAAAUUCGGAUCCGGUUUGGUUUCCGAGUCAUUUCAUAUAAUAUAAGUAAAAACAUCAGAUACUUUGGGGGGCGGGGGGGUUAGUUUAAAUAGCAGGUAAUUCGGGUAAUUCAGAUAAAAAUAUCAAAUAAUUUGGAUAAAAUUUAAUAUUUUAGAUAAAAACAUAUUCGUGUAAUUUAGUUUUUGGGUAAUUUGGUUUAUAAAGAGUAUUUUAAGAUAUUUGGUUAUUUAGAAAUUAAGUAUAAUUAAUAUUUGUAGGUUUAUAAUUUUUAUUUUAAAAUUUUGGGUACCCAUUCGGUUUUUUAUUUGGAUCCGGUUCAGUUUUUUAUUCCAAAAAUAUAGGAUCUGCUCGAUUAUUUAUGAAAUUCGUUUUAAUUUUGGUUUUGAUAUUUCGGCACGGUUUGGUUCUUCAAUUCCAGAUAUAUUUGUCCAAAUUUAUACACUAUAUUAUAUAGAAAUUCAUAUAAAAAGUAUUUAUUUAAUUUCAAAAAUAAACCGGCGCUUUUGAAGCGCAGAUCAAAAUCUUGGUUUACUCUCUGAUAGUUGAUUUCAUGAUUUCCUGCAAUCUAUUUCUCAUUGAUCACUCUUGAGGUUCCAUAACACUUUCAAGUGUUUCUGGUUUUGCGGCUGUGCACCACUUCCAAGUGCACACUUUUUAAAUGCUUAACCAAAGUAACACCUAAUCUGCAACUAUACUCGUCUUCUUUGAGAUGACUACGUAGAAACAAUGAAAUUUUAACAGCUAGCAAUUAUCUAAACUCGAGCGAAAUUCCAUUAUAUUGUAGCACUCCAUCUGCAUCUUCCCUAGUUAAGGCACCUAAGCGGUCCUUGGACAUGAAGAGUGUGUUCAAGAAGUUGGUUAAACCGGGUGUUAUCAGCUUAAUUGUGACCCCCUAAGCAUUGCUGGUAAUUUGAGCAUCAUAGAAAUGUGAUGUCUUAGCAGGGUUAUAAAGUAGGGUAAGAUCUCAAAGCAAAGAAGGUUUCUUUUGAGAGAUUUCUCUUAAAUAAACUUUUUUUUUUUGCUUUUAAGAUCAUAACCUCCGUUAUCGCUCUGCUGGGCUGCCGCACCUACUAUGUUCAAACCACCAGUAAUGUCUGGACCACGGCUACAGCUGAGAAUCGGGACCCGACCCAACCUCGCUCUAUGACUUCAUCUAAAUCUUCCCAGGUUGAGUCAAAAACAUCUUCAGUUUUUUCUUUACUUUCUCAUAUGUGUGCUUCGUUUGGUGGAAGUUUCAUCAGAAGCUCGCAUGCUUAGGCCAAUCUUCACUCGUGAACAAUUCCACAUGAGACCGUGAGAAAUAUUGAGAGUAUGAUGAAUCAAAUACACUGCCAAAUUGGCAUAUUUCGGUUACUUGCAUGCUAUGGAGGAUUGAUAUAAUCCGUUUGAUGCUUCUUUUGUUUCACUUUGUUUUUGAUCUUUCAGUCUUUUCUUUUAAUCGUUUUGUUAAUCUUUAUUGUUUUGUAUUACUAUUCAUUCAACGUUGUUCAAGCUUCUUACUUAUGAUUCGUGCUAUAUAAUGUCUUGAAUAGGCGUCCAAGCCAUGUGAAUUUUAUAUGUUCUUCUGUAAAAAUCUUACUUUGUGGAAAAACAAAACAAAAACCUAAUACGCAACUAAUCUUCUUUACAAUGAAAAUUUAAUAACUAACAAUCUUCUUAUAUAGUAUAAUUAAGAAGUAACCGUGAUUGAUUAAUAUUCUAUAAAAAAUAUACAAGGAUAAAAUAAAGUGAAAUCUACGAUAUUAUGCUACUCCUAUUGUUGAAAACAUAUUUGAAUAUACUAGACAUGUUAGAUUCAUGAACGUACGUAAUCUUUUUGCCUGAAAUAUGAUCAGAUUGCUAUGACUUCAACUUCGGUUGGUAAAAUCAAUGAAUCAUGCAAGAAAAUAAUCCCUCUAACAAAAAAGAAGUUCACACAAAGACAGAGUCAAUGCCAUUGUUUUUUCGACUCAUUAAAGGAUGCAAGAGACAAACCACUUUCUUGAUCAUAAUGGCUAUCUCUCUAACAUUUUGUACCGCCAUUCUAAUCUCACUGAUCGCUCUCUCGUGCCCCUACCGAUGCACAUCGCAUCCCCGACUUGCGUUAAGUCUAAUACACUCAAAAUCAAUCAAAUCCAAAGAAUCACCGAAGACAAAAGUUGGUUACUUGCGUUCCAAGUCAGCUUCCGCAUCCAGUCUAGAUAACAUAUGGACCACAUACACAGCAGAUAUCGUCUCGCAUGUAACUCCUAUCACACGUCAAGCAGCAUUCCUCGCCAACAUCUCUAUCGGCGACCCACCAGUCCCUCAACUUCUACUCAUAGACACAGGUAGUGACUUGACUUGGAUCCAAUGUCAUCCCUGCAAAUGUUACCCUCAAACGAUCCCAUUUUACCGCCCUUCAAGAUCUUCCACUUACCGUGACGCUUCAUGCGAACCCGCACCACACGCCAUGCCCCGAAUCUCUCAUGACGAAAGAACCAAAACAUGCCAAUACUACCUCCGCUACCGCGACAAUUCAAGCACUAGAGGUACCUUAGCUGAGGAAAAGCUCACGUUUCAAACAUCAGACGACGGUUUGGUCUCUAAACAAGACAUUGUUAUAGGCUGCGGACAAGACAACUCCGGUUUUACUCAAUACAGCGGCGUGCUAGGUUUAGGACCAGGUAAGUUCUCCAUAGUUACUCGCUACUUUGGCUCUAGAUUCUCUUACUGCUUUGGUAGCUUAACCGAUCUGACCAACCCACACAACAUUCUUAUCCUCGGAGACGGCGCCAGAAACGAAGGUGAUCCAACACCUUUACAUAUAUUCCAAGACCGUUACUACCUUGACCUCCAAGCAAUCUCUUUAGGUCAAAAACUUCUCGAUAUCAAACCCGGUGUUUUCAAGAGAUUUGGGUCUCAAGGAGGUACCGUCAUCGACACGGGAUGCUCACCAACGAUCCUAGCCAGAGAUGCUUACGACACACUCUUUGAAGAAAUAAACUUCCUUCUUGGAGAUGUUCUCACACGCGUUAAAGAUUGGGAUCAGUACACUAAACCUUGCUACGAAGGGAACAUGAAAGGUAAUUUUAUAGGGUUUCCCGUCGUCACAUUUCAUUUCGCCGGCGGCGCUGAGCUGACGUUAGACUUUGAGAGUUUGUUUGUUGAAAGUGAAGAUGGAGAGAGCUUUUGCUUGGCUAUGAGUAUGAACACUUUAGAUGAUAUGAGUGUUAUUGGUGCCAUGGCUCAGCAGCAUUAUAAUGUUGGUUAUGAUCUUCUAACCAUGAAUGUUUAUUUCCAAAGAACUGAUUGUGAGAUUCUUGAUUCCUAAU